AUGUUUCGCGCGCAAUCAAACAUCUUCGACGAUGUUGUCGUAAAAGCCACCGACGAAAAUCUUACGAGCGAGAACUGGGAAUACAUUUUGGAUGUAUGCGACAAGGUUGGAUCGUCCGACACGGGCGCCAAAGAUGCGGUCGCCGCCAUGAUCAGGCGGUUAGCACAUCGAAAUGCGAACGUACAACUAUACACCCUCGAGCUGGCCAACGCCCUGAGCCAGAACUGCGGAAUUCAAAUGCACAAGGAGCUUGCUUCGCGGAGCUUCACAGAAGCGCUGCUGAGGCUUGCCAACGACCGCAACACACAUCAGCAGGUCAAGGCCAAGAUACUGGAGCGCAUGCAAGAGUGGAGCGACAUGUUCGCCCGUGACCCUGACCUGGGAAUCAUGUCUAAUGCCUAUAUGAAGCUGAAGUCACAAAACCCCAACCUCCGAGCGCCUUCCAAGCCACAGAAGACGCAGAUCUCUGACGUCGAACGCCAGAAAGAGGAAGAGGAGCUACAAAUGGCACUUGCCAUGUCGAUACGAGAGUCCAAGGGUGCAGCGCCGACGGCCGCCAAGUCCAACACGCCCCAGCAGGGCGGGUCUACUCCCAGUGCCCAGCCCGAACAGCCUUCGCAACCCCUGCCGUCAGGUACAACUGCAGCGACCGUCUCACGUGUACGAGCCCUCUUCGAUUUCCAACCAUCUGAACCCGGUGAACUGCAAUUCCGCAAGGGCGACAUUAUUGCCGUACUCGAAUCUGUUUACAAGGACUGGUGGAAGGGAUCGCUGCGCGGGCAGACAGGUAUCUUCCCGCUUAACUACGUGGAGAAGCUGCAAGAUCCGACGCGUGAGGAGCUCGAGAGGGAGGCACAGAACGAGGCUGAGGUCUUUGCACAAAUAAGGAAUGUGGAGAAGCUGCUUGCGUUGCUGAGCACGAGCUCCCAGCCAGGCGCAGGCGACGCGCGAGACAAUGAAGAGAUCACCGAGCUCUACCACUCAACACUGGCUAUUCGGCCGAAGUUGAUUGAGCUCAUCGGGAAGUACUCGCAGAAGAAGGAUGACUUUACACAGCUGAACGAGAAGUUUAUCAAGGCUCGCCGAGACUACGAGUCCAUGCUGGAGGCAUCCAUGUCCCAGCCCCAACAACCUGCAUACGGCGGCCGUCCUGGAUAUGGCGGCUACAAUGCACCACCCCCCUCAAACUACCAAGGAUACCCACCUGUAUCAUCUACCCCACACCAAGACCCGGGCCGCUAUGCCUAUGGUGGAGGACCCCAGCAACAUGGGCCUCCUUCCCAAGUACCACCCGUAGGCUCAAGCCCUGCUUUCUUCAUGGUUCCCCCGAAUGAACGGACACAGCAAACCCCGAAGCCAGGACCGCCAUCAGACCCCUACACACUACCUCCAGGCAGAGUACCAGUUGGAGGCCGACCGCAGAGCUACGCACCCCAGGAGCUAGCGACCAGUCAAUACGACUCACCAGUCGACAACCGUCACUCUUUCCACGCUCCUAGCCAACCGCCACAAGGCUAUGAAGCAGGCGGCUACCCACCGCAGCAAAGCGCUCCCCAAGGUCCACCACAGGGACAGCAAAACCCAUACGAGCAACUCUCAUCGCCUCCUCCACAGCAAGCUCCACAAGAACAGCAGCCUCCAUCUGACCCUUACUCACAACAGCCACCCCAGCAGGGCUAUGGAUAUCCGCCGCAACAGCCUGGAUACGCACCACCUGCGCCGCCUGGUAACACCUCUAGCCCCGCACCGCCUGCUCAAGGUUACCUUCCAUAUCGACCUGGAGGACAACAAGCACCCAGCGCGCCGCCUGUGGGUGGAGAUGACGCAGCGGGCUUUUACCGUUAG